UGCUAUGUGGAUAUUUGUUAGCAAUGACUGAUGUGGAAUCUACAUAUGCAGAUUUUAUUGCUUCAGGAAGAACAGGUAGAAGAAAUGCACUACAUGACAUACUUGUGUCCUCCACGGGUGGGAACUCUAGUGAGCUAGCCUUAAAGUUAUCAGAGCUUGAUAUAAGCAAGGCAGAAGGAGAAGGAGAUGCACAAAGAAAUCCAAGUGAGCAAACUGGGGAAACCCAAGGGGAGACGGCAAAGCAAGAAAGCUGACAUCCGACUUUGACCAACUGGAGCAGCUGCUGGAUGUUUUCAGAGUACAGGAGCAUGCUGGAACAAAUUUGUUUCCAUGAGCAAGCCUAUGGAAAAGAAAGUGCAUGUGUCUUCACUGCUGGAACCCAUUCAACACAACGUUAAAAAUGGGGGUACAAGCUGUGGCAGAAGACAGAAUUUUCUCUACCUCUGUCAUAAGCAAUGGUUGAACGUGUAUUGAUUUUGGAGAUAGAGUCAUCAGAUGGAUCCCUUCACAGUGACUACUUGAUGGGAAUACUUUUAGAAAGUAGAGCAGGUAAAUCUUGUAGCAAAUGGCCUUUGAAACGUCAGAGGAUCGAUAGUGUAUCUUAAGCAAAGGCUUGUGUGAUCCUCAGAGUUUAAAAUUCUCUGGCCAAAGUGUUCACCCAUUAAAAGAACUGUAAAGAAAGCACUGUUUUUAGAACUCUGCGUCUGUGUUUUACAGCUCUGUUAUUUACAAUGGUUUUUGUAUUGUACAACUUAGAUGCUCCACACUGCCCCUUCUCAACUGCUUAUGAAGAAUAUUUCUGUUACUGUGAAUUUUUCUACCACUCGUUUUGAAAGGGCUGUUUUUUGCAAAAUGUGGUGAUGUGCUCAUGAUAGAUUUAAAAUGUCAACAGCUAAAUUACUUAUGC